ACCUGAGCACCUGCACCGCCGGGAGAUCUGCACCGUCCCGCCCGCCCAGACUCCGGUCUCCCCUCCGCGCUUCUAGCAUGAUGUCUUAUCUCAAACAGGCCCCGUACGGGAUGAACGGACUGGGCCUGAGCGGAGCCGCCAUGGACCUGCUGCACCCGUCUGUGGGGUACCCGGGUACGGAUCAGACCUGUGUACCAGGUAACCCGCGGAAGCAGCGCCGGGAGCGGACCACCUUCACCCGGACGCAGCUGGACAUUCUGGAGUCGCUGUUCGCCAAGACGCGCUACCCGGACAUCUUCAUGCGGGAGGAGGUCGCGCUGAAAAUCAACCUGCCGGAGUCCAGAGUGCAGGUGUGGUUUAAGAACCGACGGGCCAAGUGUCGGCAGCAGCAGCAGAGCAGCAACAGCGCCAAGGCCAAACCGAUGAAGAAGAAGUCGUCUCCGACAAGAGAGAGCACCGGUUCGGAGAGCAGCGGUCAGUUCACCCCACCGGCAGUGUCCAGCUCCUCCUCCUCCUCCAUCUCCUCCGGCCACGGUGGUGCCGGUCUGAUCAGCACCUCUACCUCCGUCACCGCCCCAGUGUCGUCCAUCUGGAGCCCGGCGCCCAUCUCCCCGGCUCCUGCACCGGCCUCACUGCCGGACCCCGCCGCCCCCACCAGCGCCUCCUGCAUGCAGCGCUCCGUGUCGUCCUCUGCCACCGGGGGCACGCCCUCCUACCCGGUGUCUUACAGCCAAACUGCAGCAGCAUACAGCCAGGGUUACCCGGCCUCGGCGUCGGGCUCUUACUUUGGCGGCGUGGAGUGCGGCUCGUAUCUGGCGCCCAUGCACCGCCUCAGCCCCAUGACCGGCGGCUCCAUGUCAGCACACCCACACCACCACAUUGGCCAGACAUCAGGGCACCACCACCAUCACCACCACCCGUCACACCACCACCAGGCGUACAGCGCGCCCGGCCUCGCCUUCAACUCCACAGAUUGUCUGGAUUACAAAGAGCAGACGGCGGCUUCGGCCUGGAAACUCAACUUCAACGCCUCCGACUGUUUGGACUACAAAGACCAGGCCUCAUGGCGCUUCCAAGUGCUGUGACUUCCUGUGUUUCUCUUCUUCUCUGCUUACAAAAGAAGU